CCAUGACCAGCAAACCUUUGGAGUUGCUAGUCACAUCGUAAUGGCUUCUUACAAUAAAGCUUGACCCAUAUACUGAUUAUUCUCAAGGAUCAGUCUCCUCCGAUGCACCGUAUCUUUACCGUCCCUGAGUUGGUCAUCGCAAUCCUCACCGAGUUUUCCCAGACGCACCGGCUCGCAUAUGGUCCUCUCACUGUCUGUAAAAAUUGGGCAGAUAUUACCAUGGAUUUGAUUUGGCGCGAAGUAUGCGAUCCUAGUCUCAUCUUCGAUCUGCUAGCGCCUGUUGGAGAUCUGCUGAUGCCUGUUGGAGAACAAUCCGAAGGUGACGAUGGCACUUACGAAUUCGAAUUUUCGUUUGAAUCCCUUCCUACACCGAGUGGAUGGGCGCGCUUCGACAUAUACAGGCGGCGGAUACAUGUCCUGGAUAAUAUGAUAUUAUGCGCAACUUAUCGUCAUGUCAUAAACGACGUUGCUGUGCUUCGGCCUGACGCUAUACCCUUUCUUCCUAAUCUCACUGAACUUGCCUGGUCAUGCCCUAAUGGUGACUUGUGGCGCGAGUCGGUCUUUUUCAUGCACGAGGGGAUCACAAAGCUUACGCUCAAGCUAAGAGAGGUUGAGACUUAUGGAACCAUCUUGCAAUAUUUCGAGCACAUAGCCUCACGCAUGUCGCGUCUCCAGAGCUUUGCCUUAGAUUUCUCCGACCGUGGUGUGAAUGCAUCUCAAGCUCGUAUAGGACCCGCGCUUGCAUGGCUUCUUCCAAAAUUGCGGUUUCUCAAAACCCUUAUCCUUUCCCCGUCGACAGACCUGUACACCGUCAUUUGUUCAACGGCAUCUCUUCCCAAUCUCGAAACCAUUGACAUACACAUCGAACCACACAUGAGUAAAUCGUCGUUUAUCAUUUCUUCCCCCACUUCCCCUAUCACAUUAUCCAGCAAACUCCAAAGUCUCACCCUUGCGAUUCCUUAUCCUGACGCCACUACCCAUAUCUUCUGUACCGAGUUCGCCGUGAUGACCAAGUUGUCUUUACAGUCGCACAAGCCCGAGUCCCAGAUAUCUACCCGGAAACUUACAAUGGCCAUAUCCCUUCGUUGCAAAUCCCUACGCGACAUAUCGCUCUUGUCUAAUGCGUUGCAUUUAACAGGAGACAAGCUUGACCUCUCUCCCGAUGAACGCAUAACACUCGCAGACAUCCAACCAUUAUUCGGCUGCCGCAAUGUUAUCCGCUUUUCGAUUGACCACCCAUGCCCCCUUCAGCUCACCAACAGCGACAUCAGACACAUCCUCCAGAACUGGGAAAUGCUUAGCGAGCUUUCUCUGAACCCUUCUCCGAUAUACCUAUCACCGUCAGAUGUUUCCCAUACAUAUUCUGACUGGGAAACUCUAGCCUUUGUCGUCGAGCACGGCAGGAACCUGGAGGGUUUAGGCCUCUAUCUCAAUGGGUACGCGAAAGUUCCUCCGCAUACUGGCAUGCCGCCGUUGCCCAAAUUAAAGAAACUGAGCGUUGGAACUUCGAAACUUCCCUCUAAAAUGAGGGAUGUGCUGGGCCCCGUCAUGUUUCUCAGCCGGUUUCUUACUCUCCAGUGUUGGUUCCACUACUCCUAUGAGUGCCCAGACCGUGCAGGGUGGGAUAUCCUAGGUGAUCUACCAGAUUCUUUUAUUCAGGUGAGGAUGGAAGAGCGGGAGUUGGCUAGGACACGGGUCUGCUAGAUGAAGUAAUUUUCAGGAAAUUAAUGCCGCGCUUCUGUGUGUAUUUUCUUUGGUCUUCCCCAAAGAUGAAAUCGAGGGGUUUAUUGGUACGGUAUUGUCACGGCUGCGUGCUAGCGGUUCGACCGACGCCGCUUUACAAAUUAGUGUUCUCCGCUUGAAACAUCCGUUUUCUCAUAUCUCCUGAGCCUCCAUCAUGCAGCGCAGCACUGACAGCCUUUCGAAGGAGAACGAACACCUCUCCAAGAUUAUCUCCGAGCUCAAAGAGGAGCGCGAUAGGUUCAGGCAGCAAGCAGGGAAGACGAGACAGGAGUUGAGCGAAUUAU